GGCCGCGGCGUUCGCUCCUCGGGUACCUCGGGCGCCGCAUCCUCCUCAGCCGGCGCCGCCUCGGGUCCUCGCCUCGCGCGCCCCGCGCCCGGCGCCAGCUGCCGGGCUCUCGGCGUCCUCCGCGGGUGGUGCCGCGCCCGCCGCCAUGGGCCCGCGCCCUCCGCGCCGCCGGGCCGAGGGCCGCUGAGGCGCGGGGCGAAGAUGGGCGAGGGCGGAGCAGGGCCCGAGUGCCAGCCGGAGCAGCCCGGGCGCCCCGCGCGCGCCCGCCCGCGCCGCCGCGGGGAUGCCCGCGCCCGCCGCCGCGCCCUGAGCGCCUUUGUCUGCCGCCCGCGCCGCCCGCCGUACCACUAGCCUCGCGGGCCCGCGCCGGGGCCGGGGGCGCGCCCCGCAACAUGGAGCCGGGCCGGCCGGCCUCCCCUCCGGGCCCCGACUCGGAGCCGGGCGCGUCCGCCGGGCCGGCCCCGGGUCCCUCGGAGUGCGAUGAGCCGGCCCCGGGGCUGGAGGACCCUCAGGACACCGGGCCGCCCAGCCGCGGUGCGCGGGGGCAGGAUGCGGACGCCGGGGCCCGCCAGGCCGCCUGCCCGGAGCCCGACCCGCGUUCCGAGGUGGCACCCCCGGAGCCCGACCCGCGUUCCGAGGCGGCAUCCCCGGAGCCCGACCCGCGUUCCGAGGUGGCAUCCCCGGACCCCGACCCGCCUUUCUCCUGGACCAAAGGCCCGGAGGACUGUGGUCUCCCGCCGUGCCCGGAGAGCCCGUCUUUCUGCGUGCAGGCUCCGGCUCUCAGCUUCGGUGUGCGGGAUGCGGCCGACCUGUUCCCCGCCUUCCCUUCGCCUGCCGUGGACGAGCUGGCGCCGGAGGAGGGUCGGGCAUCCCCGGAGCAGCCCCUUCCUGGCGAGCCCGCGGGGUGUCCGGAGGACGGCCCCCGCCUGCGAGCGGUGUUCGACGCCCUGGACGGGGAUGGGGACGGCUUCGUUCGCAUCGAGGACUUCGUCCAGUUCGCUACGGCCUACGGGGCCGAGCAGGUGAAGGACUUAACUCAGUACCUGGAUCCCAGUGGGCUUGGUGUGAUGAGUUUCGCAGACUUCUACCACGGGAUCACAGCCAUCAGGAACGGAGAUCGCGAUGGACAGCUGUGCGGAGUCCCCCCUGCCCAGGACGGAGAGCCCUCUGCCUGCCCCGUCGAGUUCGAUGACUUCGUCACCUAUGAGGCCAACGAGGUGACAGACAGUGCCUACAUGGGCUCUGAGAGCACCUACAGUGAGUGCGAGACCUUCACCGAUGAGGACACUGGCACCCUGGUACACCCCGAGCUGCAGCCUGCAGGGGACACAGACAGCGCCGGCGGCUCGGCCGCACCCUCCGAGUGCCUGGACACCAUGGAGGAGCCCGGCCAUGGUGCUCUGCUGCUGCUCCCGGGCAGGUCUCACCCGCGCGGCCAGUCUGUUGUCAUGGUGAUCGGCGGCGAGGAGCAUUUUGAGGACUACGGGGAAGGCACCGAGGUGGAGGUGUCUCCGGAGGCCCUCUCUGACGGGGAGCUCACCUGCAGUGAUCCUGCUUUUCUCACCCCCAGUCCGACGAAGCGGCUCUCCAGCAGGAAGGUGGCAAGGUACCUGCACCAGUCAGGGGCCCUGACCAUGGAUGCCCUGGAGGACCCUCCCCUGGAGCCUGUGGAGGGCCCAGAGGAGGACAUUGCCGACAAGGUGGUCUUCCUGGAGAGACGCGUGUCAGAGCUGGAGAAGGACACCGCAGCCACCGGGGAGCAGCACAGCCGGCUUCGGCAGGAGAACCUCCAGCUGGUGCACAGAGCCAACGCCCUGGAGGAGCAGCUGAAGGAGCAGGAGCUGCGAGCCUGCGAGACGGUCCUGGGGGAGGCCCGGCGGCAGAAGGAGCUGCUGUGCAGGCUGGAGCGAGAGAAGAGCAUCGAGAUCGAGAACCUGCAGGCCAGGCUGCAGCAGCUGGAUGAGGAGAACAGUGAGCUCCGGUCCUGCACGCCCUGUCUGAAGGCCAGCAUCGAGCGCCUGGAGGAGGAGAAGCGCAAGUUGCUGGAUGAGAUGGAAGAGUUGACUCUGCGGCUCAGGGAGGAGCAGGAGAAGAAGAGGAAGAUGGGGGACAAGCUGAGCCACGAGAGGCACCAGUUCCAGAGGGACAAGGAGGCGACCCAGGAGCUGAUCGAGGACCUGCGCAGGCAGCUGGAGCACCUGCAGCUCUUCAAGCUGGAGGCCGAGCAGCGGCGGGGCCGCAGCAGCAGCGCAGGCCUGCAGGAGUACAACACCCGCGCCCGCGAGAGCGAGCUGGAGCAAGAGGUCCGCAGGCUGAAGCAGGACAACCGCAGUCUGAAGGAGCAGAACGACGAGCUGAACGGGCAGAUCAUCACGCUGAGCAUCCAGGGCGCCAAGAGCCUCUUCGCCACGUCCUUCUCCGAGUCCUUGGCCGCAGAGAUCAGCUCCGUCUCCCGCGACGAGCUCAUGGAAGCGAUUCAGAAGCAGGAGGAGAUCAACUUCCGCCUGCAGGACUACAUCGACAGGAUCAUCGUGGCCAUCAUGGAGACCAACCCGUCCAUCCUGGAGGUCAAGUAGGGGCAGGAAGGCCCAGCCUGCGCUGGAGCUGGGACCCCACCAGCACCCUGGAGUGGCCGCGUCGCACCAUGGGGACUGAGACCAGCAAGUGCCAUGGCCGUCCCAGCCCGGAGCACGCAGGGACCCCUCGUGCAGCUGGGCUGGGGCAAACAGGGCAGUGGGGGAGGGGGAGGCAGGCCAGCCCCCGGGACGGGAGCCUGCAGCAGGUGAGGGUGUGGCUGGGCUGCUGGCGGCUCUGUCCGCGGCGGCUCGCCUGAGAAUGCUCCCGUUUCUGGCAGAGGGGUGUGGGGAUGGUUUCUCGGGCUGCGGUGAGCCCCUCAUGGCAGGCCCCUUCUCCCACUGUCCAACCCUGUGGGUAAGAAAGGAAGAAAACGGGUCCCCGCCCAAGGUGCUGCCACCCGCACCCGCCCCACAAGUGCCCUGAUGCAGAGCCACCCAAGCUGGCCACUGCUGGCUGGCGUACGAACCCCUGCGUCCUCGAGUCAGGAGCGGUGGUGUGGGAAGGAAAGGCUGGCGCGGCCGGCACCGGUCGGGUCUGGCCAGGAGCCGCAGGCCCCGCCACGCUCCCUCAGGCCGUCACCCGUCGGGUGUGGCCACUUGGGCUCAGCCUUGGCCCCAGGAUCCUCCCGGCCACACAGCCAUUUGAGUGGCCUGACCGUGGCCGCAGUAACUCUCGGGGGCUCUGACUGUCCUGGGGAGGGCCAGGCAGGAGCCCGUGGGGACCCUGUGCUCUGAAACCAGCGCCCGAGAUUCCAGCUGGCGGAACUCACUCCCGGAUGGGUGGAUACCGCUGGCCCCUCUGGCUCGCUGGUGCAGGUGCUGCUUCUCCACGGAUGCGGCCUCGCCCGGCCUCCUGAGUCCACGCUCUCUCCAGGCAAAGGCCACGUUUCCUAGGCCGAGUCCAGAGGUCGUGUUCUCCGGGCUCUCUGACUUAGAACGUUGUUCUUCUCCGGGGUGGGGAGGAAGCCGGGGCAGGCUCUCCAGGGACGUGUGAAGCGGAGGAGGCCCUGUUCCUGCUGCUGCUGCCGCUGCCUGGUGCCCGCAUUACCCCGAGCAGCAGCGGCACCUGCCUGCCCGCCAGCCUCACGCCCAGGAGCUUGUGUGUGUUCCCGGGGAGGCCCCCGCUCGUGUGCACACGUGUGCUGCCCUGUGUCACUCCUUCCGCCCCAGUGUUGUACAUUUCGGGGAAAGCCUUGGGUGUAAAUCAGUGUAAACUUGGAGGAGAGAUUUUUCUAUCAUGUAGAGUAGGUAUUUUUUAUAGAUUGAAGGUUGACCAAUUUUUUAAUACUUUCAAGAGAGAAAACUAUGUGUAUACACAUGAAAAUAUAUAUAUAUAUGUAUGUAUAUUAUAUAAAUACUGGAGCCCUGCCUUUCUGUGCCAGGCCCCGGCCCUGAUGACACGGGCUUGUGUCUGGGUUCUGCUGGCCGCUCGGCAGUGUGUCUGUAAAUACAAACUGCCAGGAGACGCGGGCGAGCACAGAGCAAGCACAGCCUGCACCUGCGCCCACUCUACUGCGUGAAAAGUGGCUCCUCCUGCCUGGAUGCAGGGCAGUGCCGGCCAGUGCAGCCUCACCGUCGGCCACCACAGAUUAAAGCUGUUACUGUGCACCCGA